CUGGCAGUUCGACGGCAAACUCGCGCGCGAACAGUUCACCAAAUAUACAAGACGCAGCUCGAUGCUGCAAUUCGAAAGUUGAAAAAUUCUAUUUAAAAACGCAACAUGAAAUUGCCGGCGGCACUACAAUUUCUAUACCGGAAUUAAAUUGGCACAAUGAAUUGAGAAUUGAUUUGUGUUUGUGCCAUAAAAAAAACAAAAAGAAAAAGAUUACAAAUAUUGAACAAAAAUAGAGCUGCGUGUGAAAGGCACACAAGCAAACAAAUGGAAAUCAAAUAAGACAAGCAACAAAAAGGACACGCCACAUUAGUCAACAAGAAAGGGACAAACGGCAACACAGGAAACCAAAAGAGCACAAGAGCGCCCAAGCAACAGCAGCAGCAAAAGCAGCAGCAACAACAAUCGAGAUGUAUAGCAACGAUGAGCUGCUGGACAAUGUGAAUGAUAAUGGUGAUGGCGAUAGCGAUAGCAACGCCUAUGGCUGGAGCAACUGGACCACUUAUGCGCCCGCAUUGCUCUACAAUGCCAUGAGCAGUGCUCUGAUGGCGACUGAGGCCAAUCAAACGCCGCCAACUGAAUUUGGCUUGGAGCCCACAAUGGCCUACAAUCUGAGUCGCAUUUUGCCCACUGGCGUCACUGGACUAGCAACUUUGCCAGCUGGGGGCGGCAUUAGUCACGAGGAUGGCGACGCGGAAGAAGCGUCAUUUGCCUUUGCCAUGCCCUUGUGGCGUCAGGUGCUCUGGAGCAUUCUAUUUGGUGGCAUGGCCAUUGUUGCAACUGGUGGCAAUCUAAUUGUUGUCUGGAUUGUGCUGACCACCAAGCGGAUGCGCACAGUGACGAACUAUUUUAUAGUGAACCUCUCGAUUGCGGAUGCCAUGGUCUCCAGCUUGAACGUUACCUUCAAUUACUAUUAUAUGCUGGAUAACGACUGGCUCUUUGGCGAGCUCUACUGCAAAAUAUCACAAUUCAUUGCAAUGCUCAGCAUAUGUGCCUCGGUCUUCACACUAAUGGCUAUAUCCAUAGACAGAUACGUGGCCAUUAUGAAGCCACUGCAGCCAAGAAUGAGCAAGAGGCGCAAUUUGGCUAUCGCGGCGGUCAUCUGGUUGGCAUCCACGCUUUUAUCCUGUCCCAUGUGGAUCUUCUUUAAAACCGACGAAGUACCCGAGACGCUGGAGACUAAUUCGCGUGUCGUGUGCUUUGCUGAGUGGCCCGAUGGCCCAACCAAUCACUCCAAGCAGGAGCAUUUCUACAACAUACUCAUCUUUAUACUCACCUACUUUCUGCCCAUCAUCUCGAUGACGGUGACCUAUUCACGCGUGGGCAUUGAGCUCUGGGGCUCCAAGACAAUUGGGGAGUACACGCCGCGCCAAGUGGAGAAUGUGCGCAGCAAGCGUCGGGUGGUCAAAAUGAUGAUUGUGGUUGUGCUCAUAUUCGGAUUCUGUUGGCUGCCAUUUCACGCCUACUUCAUUGUCACAUCCUGCUACCCGAGCCUGACUGAGGCGCCCUACAUCCAGGAGGUUUACUUGGUUAUCUACUGGCUGGCCAUGAGCAACUCCAUGUACAAUCCCAUUAUUUACUGUUGGAUGAAUUCGCGUUUUCGUUAUGGCUUCAAGAUGGUAUUUCGCUGGUGUCCCUUUGUGCAUGUGGAGACGCUUAACCGACGGGACAAUAUGACAUCGCGUUACUCCUGCUCGGGCUCGCCGGAUCACAAUCGCAUCAAACGAAAUGACACCCAAAAGUCCAUACUUUACGGCUGCCCUAGCUCACCCAAGGCCCAUCGAGUGGCACACGCUGUUAUGCUGCGGAACUCAAUGCCGCUGAUGCGUGAGACGCCAACGUCGGCGCUGCGUCACUCGGUGCCAGCGCAGCAUUUGGGAAGCAGCAGCCGCAGCAGCGGUAGAGGCAAUCUUAGGGUAGCCUAUCAGCAGGAGCUGCAGGAACGCAGCUCGCUUAGUCUAAGCACGACAUCGGAAGGUCCACGCACCUCGCAUCUGCACUCUUGA